AUGUUCAAGGACACCGAGCGGUAUGUUAAAGAGUGCGUUGACUGUGUCACGGCCAAGGGACUACCCCGGAACCCAGGCCCGUCGCCUGGUAACCUGUUGGCCACGCGACCGUUUCAGUUCGCGUUCUCGGGGUUCAUCAUGUGCAAGGCCAUGGCGAGCACCAAAGCCCAAGACGUAUCCGAAGCCUACGAAGAGUGCGUGUCCCGGAGGUUCGGAGCCAGUGAGAUGAUACGUCACGACCGAUACCCGCGCUUCAUGCCUAUCGUCCCCAACGGACAACAGGAGAGGUAUGUGCAAACAGUGAUCCGGAGCGUUAAGGCGUAUGUGCAGACUGUGGACCAAAGCGACUGGGACGAGCUAGCCGACAAACCCAUGUGGGCUCUGAACACCUCCUUCGACUUCACCCGACUCGACACGCCGUUUUACCUGGUGCAUGGUUGGGACGCCCAAGGUACCGUCGAAGCCAUGAUGGGAGACGUUUCCCGAGACGUGCAGCUCCGGGACGCCCAAGAAUGGCGCACCAAGGUACAACGCCAGGUGGAAUACGCGAGAGCCUGGGCCCGGAACCUCCAAGAAAAAGCUAAGAAGCGCCGGGUCGAGGACCAUAACCGCAAGUGGAAGCACCUUACAGACCGACUGAAAGAAGAUUUCGAGGCCGGGGACUCAGUAUGGUUGUACCUAGCCCGAGUCCGUCCCGGACACACCAAGAAGCUCGCACACCUCUGCGUGACGCCGCGCCAGGAAGACCCCAAUGAACGCGAGCAGGCUCACGACGGUCCAGAGUCCGGAGCUGGUCGCGGAGCGAAGGAGCACUAUCGCCGCGCGGCAAAGGAAUCCAGGUGA